GCGGUUUGCGUCCCAUUGCAGACUAUAGUCUGGCCAUGAAACUGGAGAUUAACGAGGGCUAAAGCAACCCUUGUUCUGCCUAGACUCUUCCAGGUCAUACUGAAGAUAGCACAAAUUCCAAUUCAUAUUUCUCCGUGUACUGGUUUGGCGCUACCGGUACCUUCUUCCUGGGCAUGUGCUCCGCGAAGGGCGAGUGCUAGCCUCCGCGCGGGUGGGAUUACCGCCUUAUUGAAUGUGUGGCGUCAGGAAACAAGAACGCUGCGUGACCCGGCGUUCUCACAGUUGGAGCCCUAUCUUGACCAUACCAUACUAAGUCUCUUUAGCUACAGGCACUGAACCACUGACGGAUCAAUAGACUCCAUACGAGUUGCCACCAAGGUCACCAGUUAGGCCCUUCGCCGACGGCAGAUCCCAUGGACCCUAGCUUGAUGCGCAUGUCGUGGCUUCGGAUGAUAUAAGUACAGAUGAGAAUUUGGCAAUGACGUCCAGACCACUCUGCACAAUCUCACCGAGCAUGAGCGAAGCUACAGGGCCACGGAAGGACGCAGCCGCUUCGGGUCGUCCUCUCGUAGACGACACUCCCGUUGAGCUCGCUGCUGGCAAGACAUCACAGGCUGAAACCAACGCGCAAGCGCCGUCUGCAGAUCAAGACGACGACGACGACGAUUUUGACGUUGAAGAGGCUCUUGCCGAAGCGGGCCUUGAGCCUCGCGGACCCAAGAACAACCCAACAGCAAACCUGUGCGUUGAGUCCCAUCGGGCUUAUAAUUCAUCUUCGUACGACGAAUCGGCAGAACCAAGCCGCGGGAGUCCCUAUCGGGCGUUAGAAGGCUACGACCCUUGUUCUGUGGGAAAGGCAGUGGCAACGCGAAGCCCACUCGGCGCAGAUAUGGAAAAGCGCGUCAACAGGAGCGUCCAUAAAAUGGCGGGCAGCAAAUGGAGCUUUAUAUCACUGAUCCUACCGGACACCUCUCACGAGAUGAGCCAGGCGACUGAGAACGGAUUGACGACUUCAACGGCGUCGGACGCCACGCGUACCAACCCCGCCAAAGCGACCACCGGCGAUGCAGGCCAUACCCCGACGGCGGUCGGCCACGAUGAAGACGAUGACUUCGACGUGGAUGAAGAGCUGAUCAAGGCUGGUCUUCAGCCCCGGGGACCGAAGGACGCCACUACUGCUACUCCAGGUUCCAAGAACCCCAGGCCUGUAGUAACGCGUCCUCAAUAGAAGGUUCGUGGACAUUCUUGUAC